AUGGUGCUAGAACUCGAAUUCAUCUCCAACUGGAUCCAGAUCAACGACAUCUACACGAGAUACGUCCAUGCCGCGGACGACUGUGACUUCGAUGCACUAGAUAAGCUGUUUCUGGACGAGACUACAUUCGACUGGUCGUCCGAGACGAACCCGCUGCCAUUGGUUACUUGGGCAUCCCUGCGCGAGGCUCAAGCAUUUCCACUGCAGAGUGUGCUUCCUUGGGCUUUCCAUAUCUGCGGCAACGUGCGAAUUGAUAUCUCUGCGGGAGGCAAGACGGCCGAAACGAAAUCUAAGACAAUCAUGCCGUGUGGUUCAGGCGAGCAGUCGACACAACGACAAAAGUUCUUCCAGGUCAAUGGGGAAUAUGUUGAUCGGCUUGUCAAAGUUGAAGACGGUUGGCGCAUCGUAUCACGGAAAUGGCUGGAAAGAUUUGCUAUUGGUGUGUUUGAUAAGGUUGAAGAUAUACCGGGCGAGCUGGGUAUCGAACCGUCGCGUCAGUAA